AAAAUAUAUCAGAAGUGUAACAUUGAUAGUUCAGCAAGAGAAUAUAGAAAUAUCUUGCAAAACAGGAAAUAAAUUGAAGCAGAAAUUGCAAGCAAUAUCAGAACGAAUUGCUAAGUCGACAGCAUGGGGUCAAUUCCACAGCUUUCUAUCGUGAAAGGGAAACAUUCGCAGUUAUAUCCGCGAUUGUUGCAUAAAAUUUUUGAAGAAAGGGUGGACAAAAUAUGUGGAGAUAAGACAGCUUUGAUAUUCCGUGAGAAUGAUGCUGAUGAACAGAAGACAAAUUACAACACAUUGAACUCAUCUGCUAAUAGAAUUGCGUCAGCUUUAUUAAACAAGAUUAAAUUGAAGAAUCUUCAAGCAAAUAGUGAUGGCGAUUGGAUAAUUGCAGUGUGUAUGAAACCAUCAGAUAACUUAGUGACAACAUUGCUUGCUAUUUGGAAGUGUGGAGCUGCAUAUUUGCCGUUGGAUGUCACUUUUCCAGCCAAUCGCAUUACUCACAUUUUAAAUGAAUCCAAACCAGUUCUAAUCAUUCAUGAUGACGACUUCGAUCGAACAGACGUCUUUGAUGCAAAUUUCAAUCCUAUUAAUUAUAAUGAACUAAAAGAAGAAUCAAAGACAUUCAGCAAUGCAAAUAUUGAAGAACAAUUAACAUUAACUGGUGGCGUGACAGACAUCGCAAUCGUGCUUUAUACGUCUGGCUCGACAGGGGUUCCCAAAGGUGUCCGAUUACGUCACUCAAUAAUACAAAAUCGUUUAGAAUGGCAGUGGAAAACAUUCCCUUACUCAAAAACGGAAAUUUACGGUGUUUUUAAAACGGCCUUGACCUUUGUCGAUUCCGUUACAGAGAUUUGGGGACCUUUACUCAACGACAUGGCCUUGGUUUUAGUUCCGAAAGAAAUCACAAAAAAUCCUUCUAAACUUGUUGAAAUCCUUGAAGAAUUUAGAAUUGAGCGAUUGGUUUUAGUGCCAACACUUUUACGAUCGCUUUUAUUAUUUUUACCUUUACAAGAAAACAGUGGAAAGUUGCUUUUUAAUCUCAAGACAUGGGUUUGUUCCGGUGAACCUUUGUCACUUCAACUUGCUAAAGAAUUCUUUGAUUAUUUUGAAGAAGGGCGACAUGUGUUGUGCAAUUUUUAUGGCUCAACGGAGGUCAUGGGUGACGUCACUUAUUACGUAUGCGAAUCGAAAAAUCAAUUGGAUGCGAUUAGUCGCGUGCCAAUUGGCUAUGCUUUGGACAACACGAUAAUUUAUCUGCUUGAUUCUGAUUUUCGUCCGGUGAAAAGCGAGGAAAUUGGCGAAUUGUAUGUUUCUGGUGGGAAUCUCGCGUCAGGAUAUGUGAAUGGAAGAGAUCCUGAGCGAUUUAUUGACAAUCCACUUGCUGUCGAUCCAAUUUAUUCAAAAAUUUAUAAAACAGGAGAUUUUGCAUCGCUUAUCAAAGGAGUGAUUUAUUACGAAGGUAGAACUGACAGUCAGAUUAAAAUCAGAGGACAUCGUGUUGAUUUGACAGAAAUUGAAAAGAGUUUAACGAGUUUGGAUUAUGUUGACAAAGGUGUCGUUCUUUGCUAUCAUGCCGGUGAAAUUGAUCAAGCUCUCGUAGCUUUUUGUGUUGUAAAAGGCGACAACAUGAAUAAAUACAUCGCCAAGACAAGCACACAGAUUGAAAAUGACCUUAAAUUACGAUUGGCGAGUUAUAUGGUGCCGCAAGUUGUUGUCUUAGAUUCCAUUCCGCUUCUUGUUAAUGGCAAAAUUGAUCGACAAAUGCUACUGAAAAUGUAUGAAAACACGAAUAAUAAUGAUGAUGCGGAAAUAGAAUUCGAAAUGGAUUUUGAGGGUGUCGACGAAAAAAAUCUUGACAAGGUCAAAGUUUUAUUUGAAACUGUUGGCGAUUCAAUUGGUCGUUCAAUUCGAUCGAAGUUGUCAAUAAAUGCAAACUUUUACGAACUUGGUGGCAAUAGUUUGAACUCAAUUUAUACUAUUGCGGAGUUGCGCAAAAAAGGUUUCUUCAUAUCAAUUACAGAUUUCAUUACAGCACCAACACUUGGAAUAAUUGUUGAAUGCCUCAAGACAUCGAGCGAUGGCGAAUGUAACUUGUCGUCAAGUAACUUGCAUGUACAAUGCGACUUACAACUAACGUGCUUACCGUUAGCUAAUGAACAUAAAGAAGACACAAUUGAAAUCAUUACAGCGAGUUUUUAUGAAAAAGCUGACAUCGAACAAUUCAUUAAAAAUGACAUUUUGAGAACAGAUUAUGCAGACAUUCUUGAAGCUAUUUGGGAUGUGCUUGUGGCUAAAGAACUGAGUUUUAUGAUCAAAGAUUCAAAUGGAAGAAGUGUUGGUGUUGCUCUCAACUUUGAUGCACGUGACGAACCAGAAGUUGAAGUUCAUUCAAAGUUAAUCGUGAUUUUUGAAUUUUUAGAAUUCGUCGAAGGUCCAAUAAGAGAUAAUCAACUUCCCGAAGGUCUCAACCAAAUACUUCAUUCAUUCAUGAUGACAACAAGUGCUGAUCUCAAUGCAAAAGAAAACAUCGCAGUCAUGCAUUUCAUGGAAAGCGAAGUGUUAAAGCUUGCGAAAAAGAAAAAGUUCGCUGGAAUCUUCACAACAAACACAUCGCCUCUCACUCAACAGUUGGGAUCGAAUGUUUAUGGAUAUAAAUCAAUGCUUGAAUAUCCUAUAAAUCAAUAUGUUUAUCGUGAUGGAACGAAACCUUUUGGGAAAGCACCCGAUACAAAAAACGUGAUUGUUCAUUGGAAAGAUAUUCGGAAUGAAUAAAUUAUCGUGAAGUGUUCAGAGUUAGUUAUGUAGGUUUCAUGUUAGAGGUUAUUUAAGAAAACGAAAGGAAAAAUCAAUUUGACUUUCUUCAUUUCAAUCACAAUAUAAAGCUAAAUCACUGCAAUAAAUAAUAAAAGAAAAUAUUUACGAAUAUAUUUUGACGAUAUCAUAACGCGAGUGCUUUGCGAGAGUUGAUUUAUCAAUUAUUUAGCUUAGAGAUUAUUACUCACGAAGGUUUGAAAGCUUUUAAAUUAUAUCUAUGCUACAUUAUCGCAGUUUUCUGUUUUGACAACAUAAAUCAGCAUUUCAUGUAUGACAAAAGAUUUGUUAAAUCCAACAAUGUAUUCUUGCUUUAGCAACAAUAAAAUUAUUCCCCAUG